AUGUCCCCCGCCCUCUGUCACCUCCAAGAGAUCGAAAUCCUCCAUCACCGUGUCGACGAAAGUGACGAGCCGCUGGCGCUGGCGCUGCCGCUACUCGUGCUCCACCGCUUCGCGCCGACCGUCCGGUCCGCCGCCUUCGACUUCUGCAGCUUCCCUGAGGACGCGCCCCAUGGGCAUACUUUUCCGCACCUGAAAAGACUCGUCCUCCAGGACGUCGCCGUCUCGCAAGGCACCCUCCAAGGCCUGCUCUCCGGCUGCUCUGUCCUCGAGACCCUGCUGCUUAACGAUGUCCGGUCUGAUGAAAGUGUCAUUCGCCGUGUGCUCAUCAACUCACCAUCUCUAAGGAUCAUUGAGAAUGGCUACACAGUUGAAGUAGUCAUCGAGAAUGCUCCUCGCUUGGAAAGAUUGAUCACAUUCUGGGCUAUUACAGAGCUAAUCACGCUUACACCCCUCUGUUCAUCCGGGUACCCGACGCACAGAAAGUUAGAUCUUGGACUCGUUAAGAUUCAUCAAGGAAGUGGUUCUGGAAAGCUUCAGAGCAACCAUGCGCAACGUGAGGGUUUUGGUUCUCAAGGCUUCUGGACCAAAUCUUGA